AUGUCAAAUGCUACGGUUUUAAAUGAAUUUAUUCUUCUGGGAUUUUCUGAUUAUGGAUUGAACAUGGCAUUUUAUAUUGUCCUACUACUGAUGUAUCUUCUAUCAAUUAUGGGACACUCCUUAAUAAUCAUAAUUGUUUCUGUGGAACCCAUGCUCCAUACUCCAAUGUACUUCUUCCUGCUCAACUUCUCCAUGGCUGAGAUUUGUUCCACCACAGCAGAGAUACCAAAGAUGGUAGCCAAUAGUUUCUCUGGCAAAAACACCAUCUGCCUUGCCUGUUGUCUGGCUCAAGGAUUCAUGGUCUUCACAACAGUGGGGGUCCAGUUCAUCACCCUUACUAUCAUGUCUUUUGACCGCUAUAUAGCCAUUUGCAAGCCUUUACAUUAUCAGACCAUUAUGACCCACGGACUGUGUCGCAAUCUCGCUUUGUUAGCCUGGCUGGGUGCAUUUGGGCUAAUAUUUCCUCAGUCUGUAGUGCUGUGGACCUUCCCAUACUGUGGAAAUAAUGUUAUUGAUCACUUUUUUUGUGACGUUGGUCCAGUCUUGCAACUGGCUUGUGCUGAUACCACUUUGAUCGAAUUAGUAGGUACCCUAUAUGGUGUCACUAUCAUGUGGGGGUCAUUUGGGUUUUCACUGAUUUCAUAUGUGCGUAUUAUAUACACUAUAAUUCAGAUCCCUUCUGCCACCGGGCGGUCCAAAGCCUUUUUCACCUGUGCCUCCCAUCUCGCUGUUGUAACCAUUUUUUAUACAGUACUUAUGUUUAUGUACCUGAGGCCUUCAACUCAGGGCGAUCCUCAACUCAACAAAGUGGUAUCACUUGUGCACACAAGUUUCAUCCCCAUGUUAAACCCUUUCAUCUACACCAUCCGGAACAGUGACUUCAAAGCAGCUCUACGGAAAACAGUAACCAAAAAGAAGAUGAAUUUUUAA